AAGCAAAAGACUGCUCCCCGGCGGCGGGUUCCUGCCGGUCCGCGUUCUCUGCCAGCCUCUGUCCCUGGCACGUGUAGGAGUGAAGGGAAGAAGCAAUCUUUACCAGAUUGGAGAUCUGAUCCAUUUCAGCCAACCUGCAUAAAUCGAUGAGUCCAAAAAAGGAUGUUUCCUUGACGGGCACAUGCUUCCUGCAAGAAUGCAUUUUUGAACUCAUCGUUGGGACAUCUUUGCAUAGCUCCCUCCAGGAAGAAGCUCUGUGAUGUGUGGACUGUAAAUUUGCUCAAACAAAUCGGACUCUUCACAAGGAAUAGCUAGACGUGAGGGUUAGGAUGGAAGAACCGGCACCAGUGGAAGGCCAGGGCCAGCUCCCAAGCCCCCACCAGGGCUCUCUGAGGAAGGCUGUGGCUGCUGCCCUGGCUCUGGAUGGGGAAUCCACAAUGGGUCGCAGGAAAAAGAAGAAGAAAGAGUCCCGUCCGGAAUCUGUCAUCAUCUACCGGUCAGAGAAUGAGAAAGUAGAUGAGGAGCCUGGGGAAUCAGAAGGUGGAGACCAGCCUAAAGAGGAGGAAGGAGACGAUUUCCUAGACUAUCCUGCUGAUGAUGGUAUGUGGAACAUGCCUUUGGACAGCCGCUAUGUCACAUUAACUGGGACCAUCACACGAGGGAAGAAAAAGGGUCAGAUGGUGGACAUCCAUGUCACAUUGACAGAGAAGGAGCUUCAAGAGUUGACCAAGCCUAAAGAGUCGUUGAAAGAAACAGCACCUGAAGGCAGAAAGGCCUGCCAGAUGGCGGCGGACCAGGGGCCCCAUGUGGUCCUCUGGACACUGGUCUGCCUGCCUGUGGUUUUUCUCCUGUCUUUCAUUGUCUCUUUUUACUAUGGCACUAUCACCUGGUACAACAUUUUCCUCGUGUACAAUGAGGAAAGGACUUUCUGGCACAAGAUUUCAUGCUGCCCCUGCCUCAUUCUCUUCUAUCCAGUGCUCAUUAUGGCCAUGGCUUCUUCCCUGGGCCUCUAUGCUGCUGUGGUCCAGCUCUCGUGGUCCUGGGGAGCAUGGUGGCAAGCUGCCCGGGACAUGGAGAAAGGCUUCUGUGGCUGGCUCUGCAGCAAGCUGGGUCUGGAGGACUGUUCUCCCUAUAGUAUUGUGGAGUUGCUUGAAUCUGACAAUAUUUCAGGCAAUCUCUCCAACAAGGACCCCACCCAGGAAGUAGAAACUUCCACUGUCUAAACUCCCAGCACCUUACUUCCUUCUCUGGUUCCAGUAGCCUGUACAUCAUUCAAUUUCAGAAGAUUCUUUCUUGAAAUUAUCCCCUCCCCUUCACAGUUCUGGAAAAUUCUAGCCCAUAUUGACCUGCCCUACCAUCUUAAUGGUUCCAGGAGGGCAGGGAACAGAAAAGCAAUUUAUGUGAAAGCAGUUCAUCCAAAGCACAAACUUCUUCAUUCCCUGCCCUAAAAUGACAAUUUAUCUAGGAUAGGGAGCUCAGUUAUAUGUCAGUUCAGGAGCUUAAAGAUUUUACUGGUGCCUGGAACCCAGGGAAGUAUGUGAUUAAAUGUGACAGGGAGAAUAAGGAGGCUCUGAAGAGACCAAGUCCACCAGUAGAUAGGGAUGGAGUGAAACAUUUAUGAAGCAGGGCUACCAAAGUGUAGCAGAAUGUAAAGAUUUGUGUGUAUCACUUAGAGUUUUAUUUAGCUGCAUAUAAUUAACAUCCCAGAAUAGAAGUUUCUU